CAAGAAUCACGAAGAAAGCUAGACAAUUUUAGGGGUAAAACUGUGGUCUCAACAGGAGGAGGAAGUAGCCUGGGUUUCCUUGUAGUGCUUAUUUCCCCGAAAAUCUAAAGAAAGGAGUGUCUGGCAAGGGAGUAGGGGCUCCGGAGGGAGAGAUUGUGGACGGUUUCUGGAUGGACACAUGGGCACAAAGAAAGUAAGGAAAUAGAUGGAGACAAUGCGUAGUUGUUUAGUAUGUUGCAUACAGAGCAGAGGGAAUGCUGACAGAAAUCCGGCGAUGCCUGGGGAGGGUUUACUUGCCCAAAACACCGUGCUUCCGUUCUUGCCUCCAUGAAUCAUCAUACCUAGUGAGAUGUAUGUUAUGUGUUUCCUUGUAAACAUGGUGGUCACAGUUUCGAGUUACCAUUUUUCCUCCAUUUUUUUGAAUGCUGGUAUAGGUGAUGCAUGCAUUGCCCUUCAUGUUUAUCGCUAUCUGGGUUUGUGUAUCUGGUCGUGGUAGCGACAAACAAUUAAGGCAGCGCAUACAUGAUGUGCCGCAGAUUUUUAAGGAAACAUGUUAACUCGAGAUUGUGUCAUUCAUAUUUAGAAAGAAACACAGAGAAAAAUACUUUUGGAACAACAUACAUCUGAAAGGAAGCACAAUCUUUUGGGGCUUUGAAAGCAGACAUUGCCGGAUUUUUGCCAGCCUCCUCACCUCUGUAUCCGACAUACUAGAGCAACUUCGUAUUGCCUCGGAUCGAUCUAUUUGCUUAGAUUCUCCGGUGUUCUUGGGUCGUCCCAAAAGAAAACAAUCUGUCCAUCCCGAGCAGUAUAAAAAACGAGACCAGGCGCUACUUCCUCCUCCCGUUUAGAGCAGGGUUUUACCCCCCAAAUUUCUAGCUUUCUUGGCGUUUCUUGUGAAGCUUUCCUGUGGAGACUGAUUUCUCACGCUCCUCGUUUCUUAGUAGAAACGUCUGAAGAGGAAGAUGAAUGCCGAGCAGAGCAACGGGAAGGAGAAGAUGCAUCCCAGGGAAUCAACACCGGAGGAAUCUCUGGUGCACACCUGCAAGAGGCCCCGGCCGCCGGUUUCAGAUCCCAAGCCCCAAGAUGUCCCGGAACAGCAGAACCCUCAUGGUUACUGGAAAAUGAGGGAUAAAAAGGGAUGGGAGCAUUGCAUAAUGAUUGACGAAAACAGACAGCACUGGAAGUGCAAGUACUGCUACAUGGUCGGGUACAGCGGCGGCGUAUCGAAACUGAAGCGACAUCUUAUUGGUUAUAGAGGGGUGAAGAAGUGCCCAGCAGUUCCAGCGCAGGUUUGUGUUGAGAUAAAACAUCUGAUGGACGCUAAGAAAGAGAGACGACAGAAGCUGGCUGCACUGAAAGGUGGUAACAAUGUGGAAAGCAGGAGCUUUUCUGGUGAUGACAAGGAUAAGAUGGAUCUCCUGGCCCCUGAUUCAGAUGCACUGACAGGAGUGAACACCCAUUUUCUUGAAGAAGCUACUAACGAAACAAAUGCUGAACUCCAGAAUCAUGUGCAGGAGAGAGCUAUCGUGACCAGCUCUGAACGCAAGGACUUGGUUGUGCCAUCAACCUCAUAUGGCUUAAUCUCUGAUGUUCAGAUGAUCUGCAGUCCCACAUUAAAGAAAUCAGUAGAAGGUCCCAUGGUGCUGGCCCAUGAGGAAACGAGCUGCUCUCAUGGGAAUAUUGUGGCCAGCAAGAAGCCCGAAGUUUGCAAGCCUCCAACUUACCUAGAAUCUGUCAGUGAAGAGGAACAAGCAGAAAGCUCAAGAGCAAUUGGGGUUUCAGGUACGAAGCCCACCGAGGUCCUCACCCUGUCAAAUAUUUCUACCACUGGAUGCUGCAAGAUAUGUGGAGGCUCCGAAGAAUACAACAAAAGAUUCCUUGUUUGUGGCGACACACUCUGUGGGUCAAAGUACUAUCAUAUCCGGUGCUUGAAUUUCAAUCAAAUUGCAAGCGAUGCAAAGAGGGACAAACCAUGUUGGUACUGCCCUUCGUGCCUUUGCCGGGUUUGCCACUCUAACACGGAUGAUGAUCAGAUCAUCCUUUGUGAUGACUGUGAUGAGGGAUACCACUUAUACUGCUUGACACCUCCCUACACAUCAGUACCUGAGGGAGAAUGGUAUUGCCCAUUCUGCACCAUGGAGAGAGAAAGGGAGGGAACAGAGUAUGGGAAAAUAUUGCUCAAACUACACAGAAAGGAUGAUCCAAUGACAUGAGUUGUGGAUCUGAUACUUUCUGCCGCGGAGGAGCUAAGCGCACAGGAGCAGUCAACAAAGUAGGAAGUUUGGGGAUUCUGGGUGAGGUCAUAUUUGAAGUACUUGUGGAUGUAAUUUCAGUGGUUGCCAGUACAAUAUUAUCUCCUCAGCUUGAUAUUGUUAUCUGAUCUUAUAUACUUGCAUGUACUAUUUGUGGAUGUUUUCCCCCAUACAGAAAGCAUCAUCUUGUCCA